AGAAAUAACAAUUUGAGUGCUAGUGGAAUUGAAUUUAGAACUUAAAAAUUCCAAAUACGAAAAUUUUGUGAACAACCGCAUUGAUAAACAAAUUCAGUAUUCUGCUUAGUACCAUUUCGACCAAAUCAAAAUACCAGUAUCGGAACAUGGAUGAGGUGUUGGGACACUUGGGCUGCAUGGUCAGCAUUGUGUUGACCUUAUGUGUGGCUGUCUUGGGAUAUUUUCACUAUCACCUGAGAAAUGGCGGAGGCAAUCGAAUAGAUGCAAACAAGUUGUUUGCGCCCAAUCUGCCGGAUUUGCCGCCAAUCAAACUGACCUUAGCUCAGUUACUGGGAUUUGAUGGGACACGGAGUGAUGGGAGGAUACUGGUGGCGCUGAAGGGAAAGAUCUACGACGUCUCCAACGAUCUGCCAGAGUUCGGUUUGGAUGGUACCCUAUCUCAUGUAGCUGGCAGGGAUUUUACCCAUUAUCUUAACAUGAUAAUGAACUUGCACGAUACCAAGAUCAACUAUGUGCAUCGUUGGGAAGCCAUUCUGGAGACAAAUUAUUCUCGUGUCGGAAUCUUAAUCGAUGAGCUUGGCAAUCCCCUUUUUCAGACCACGAAUAAUGUGGGGGUUGAGAGUUCAGGAAAUGCUGAAGAAGUGCGGGAGGAUCAGGAUGAUGUUGUGGAAGCAGUUAAAAUCACUGAAACUAAUUCAGAAACUAAGAUUUCAAAUGGUAUGCCGAAAAAGACAUUGAGUGAGGUUCUUACAGCGGAAACCUCGUCAUCGGAUACAGUACCUCAAAAAUCUUUUAUGGAUGCAAAUUUAGAUAGCAUGGUUAUUAAGGAAAAUCUCUGAUCAUUGAUAAAAAUUAAAAUUGAGAUCCAGCUUUGGAUGUUUAAUA